AUGGCGUGUCGUGGAUUUUUGCAGUGCUUGUUGAAGCUCUUCAACCUCGCUCUUGCGCUCGUCGGCGUGUUACUCCUCGUCUUCUCCGUUUCCCGUCUCCUCCGUCUAGAUCCUGACAUCUUCCCUCCUCCAGCACCCCCUCCGCUCCUUCCCCCUUCUCCCCCUCCGCUCACUCCCCCCUCUUCUCCCCCUCCUCCACUUCACUCCCCGCCUCCUCCUCGUCACUCACCCCCUCCGCCUCGCCACUCUCCGCCACCCCCUCCGAAAUCCCCGCCGCCUUCUCCGCCUGCUCCCGCGCCGGGUCCCGCUUCCGCAAACGGUCUGAUUUCCGAAGAAACGAUCCUGCAGAGCGUGGCGUCAAGGCAGGUCGCGGAAGAUUCUGCCAAGGCAGCGACAUUCGCGGCCACACGAAAGCUCGCCGCGGCGUCGGGUGCGAAGCGAGGCGUGUCCCUUCUCGAGAUUGACGCGCGGGACGGCGCGAGUAGCAUUGUCGCACAAGACGGCGCGAGCAGCGCAGGUGCUGCUUCGGUGGUUGCUGCUCCGCCGCAGAUCGAGCUACCCCCAUUCUGGUUCAUCUACCUCUUGAUUGGCGUGGGUGCCUUUCUCACGCUUGUGACUUUAGUGGGUGCCAUUGCGGCAGAGACCAACAGCACGUUCUGUCUCGCCUUCUAUCAGUUCGGCCUGUGUCUGCUGAUACUGUUCGAGUGUGUCGCAACAGCACUCAUUUGCCUUGAGGACGUGCCUGUAGACCCUACAGGCGAGUACGACAGGUACCAACGCUACGUUCUGGCGAACCAAGACAGAAGCAGGCUGGCAAUGGCUGGCCUUGUGCUCGUUGAGGUAGCAGCGCUGCUGGUUGCGAUGAUGCUACGUGCAGCACAGGACGAUGCGAGCCAGGCAGAGGAUGACGACGAUUACAUCACAGGAGGUGCGGGUCGAGGAAUGGGAGGAGGAGCAGGAGGAGGUUUCGGAGGAGCAGGAAUAGGAAUCGGAGGAGGGGGAGGAGGAGGAGGAGGAGGAGGGCAGGGUAGGCUGCGUCAACCACUUGUGUAUCGCGGCGCUUACCCCACAGCUCCGGCUUAUCCUACUGCCGUAGGGGCUGGGGUGGGAGGAGCGGUGGGGAGUGGUGGAGCAGGGUUGGGAGGUGUGUAUCAUGGUGCGGGGGCUUCAGGAGUGGUGGGAGGAGGUGUAGGGGCGGCGGGGCAGACGCAUGUGCCGUUGACUGAUGCUUGGCGACAGAGACUGCUGGAGAAGUAUGGUUUGGACGCACAUGAUUUCGACUACGGUCCACCUCCAGGCCAUUCCCAAGCUGCUGCCCCUCCCCCAUCUGCCCCUCGCUCCUCAGGGUGUUCAAUAAUUAUUCUACAAUCUCAUAAUCUCCUCCUCCCACUCGCUUACACAACUUCUUCCUCCCCCCCUUUCCCCCUCCCCCCAUCCCGUUUCCCUUCUUUCUUCCGUCACUUCACCGUUACCCCUCCUUCUCUCUCCUUCCCGGUACUUUCCACUUCUCCCUCGUCCUUCUCUGCAGGAGCAGUACGUUUGUUUCGUGAAGCGCAGAAACUCCGCCGUUCCUUACCCCGUUCCCCUCCUACACGCCGCUUUGCAGUCUCCGCCUCUUCCUCCUCCCGCUCUUCCUCCUCCUCUUCGUCCGCCUCCUCCCUCGAUUCCUCCGAUUCCUCCCCCCCGACCUCCUCUUCCGCCUAUGCCACCGCUCCCCCGCUCCCGCACGACUUCUCCCCGCGGCCGCUCCCCUUCGACCCGCAGCUGCUGCGCGGGCUGAAGCUCAUCUGGGCCGCGGAGCCCGCGCUGGGGCAUUCCAUGGAGGGACAUCCAGAGACCAACGAGCGUGUGGUGGGAGUGAUGAAGGAACUGCAGGACUCUGGACUCACAGAGCAGGGUCGUCCUGGCGAGUUGCUGCACCUGUCGUCGUUCCUCCCCGCCACCCCGCUCGACAUCUCUGCAGUUCACAGCCCCAAGUACAUGCGCGUGUUCGAACAGUCCAUGGAAGCAGCAGCAGACGAAGGACUUGUGUUUUUAGACGGCUCUGGACCAACGUUUGCCACUAUCACAACCUUCAGUGACACGUUGAGUGCGUGCGGUGCGGGCCUCACACUCAUCGAUGCUCUCGUAGAAGCAGAGAAGAUCAAUCCCUCUGUACCCCCACCUGCCGGGUUCGCUUUGGUGCGUCCACCGGGGCACCAUGCGGUGCAUGCGGGCGCCAUGGGCUUCUGUCUCGUGGACCACGUCGCUGUGGCAGCACGGUACGCGCAGAGCAAGGGGCUCCAGCGCGUCUUCAUUCUCGACUUUGACGUGCACCAUGGGAACGGCACGCAUGACUUGUUUUUCAAUGAUCCGGACGUGUUCUUCAUGUCCACACACCAGGAGGGGACUUAUCCAGGCACGGGUCGGUUGGAUGAGGUGGGGCAAGGGGCGGGCGAGGGCACGACAAUAAACAUUCCGCUGCCCGGAGGGGCGGGAGAUCUUGCCAUGGCCGCAGUUGUGGAUCGGCUUGUAGCACCGGCUGUAGCGCGGUUCAAGCCAGAUAUUAUUCUGGUGUCUGCUGGGUGA